AUGGCCACUAAUAACAGCAUCUGGCACAAAACAUCCGUCGAGGUUGCCGAGGAGCAAGGCCGGAGAUAUCACGCCGUGACAACCACAAUUGCUGGGCAGAAACGACCUCGCGCUGAGUCUGCCCAUCCCACUGCGCCGAAACCAACAAUCUUGCCCAGUCACACCUCGCUAGUGCAGAGAGCAUCAAGUUUACCACCUGGGCCCCCGAAGCUUGUCGCGAGCCCGAUCAUCUCAUUGAGCCCGGCGGCUACUCAAGGUCCAUCUGAAUACACACAGCGAAGAGAGCUCCAGCCCACGCCUUCGUCGUCUUCGGAUCCCUUACUCGCUCUUGCCCAUCCGUAUUAUGGACUUCCACGUUCCUUGGUCCGGAACUUCUACAGCCUGGGUAUCAAAAUAAUGUAUCCAUGGCAAAAAGCAUGCCUUCGCGGACCGGGGCUUCUCGCUGGCGAAAGAAACCUCGUUUAUAGUGCUCCGACCGGAGGUGGAAAGUCUCUCGUGGCUGACGGCAAGUUCACGACAGUCUUGAUGCUGAAGAGGGUGCUCGAGGAAAAGAACGCCAAGGUCCUUUUGGUUCUACCCUAUGUCGCCCUUGUACAGGAAAAGGUCCGUUGGCUUCGAAACAUCGUCCAGGGCGUAAUGAAACCAAAAGAUGAGAUUGACGACGAAAAACGCAUCUGGAGGCAGCGAGCAGACGAAGGCACGAUCAGGGUCAUUGGGUUCUUUGGGGGAAGCAAGAUUAAGCCAACUUGGUCCGACUUUGACAUUGGCGUGUGUACCAUAGAGAAGGCCAACGCACUUGUCAAUACGGCGAUAGAUGAUUGCACCAUUAAACAUUUAAAGUCAGUUGUCCUUGACGAACUUCACAUGAUCGACGAUGACCAUCGCGGGUAUCUGAUGGAAUUAAUGGGCACAAAGUUGCUCACCCUGCCUCAACCGGUGCAAAUCAUCGGCAUGAGCGCUACCAUGUCUAACAUCAGUCUCUUGGCUACGUGGCUGGGAGCUCAUUCGUAUGAAACGCGCUAUCGUCCAGUGCCGAUCGAAGAACAUCUCGUUUACGAGGGCAACAUAUACCCAGCGACAACGACAAGCGAGCUGCUGAAGACGGCCAAGAACCUUAAUACAGCCACUCAAAAGACGGGAUCAAGAGCCACAAGACGCAUAGAACCUUCCGGUCACAAGGAAUUCCAAGAUCCCGUACUCAACGCUGUUGUUUCACUUGCUAGCGAGACUGCUAAGGCUGGCUACGGAGCCUUGGUCUUCGCCAGCAGUCGUUACGGCUGUGAAGCAGACGCCCGUUGGAUUGCCAAAGUCAUGCCUGCUGUAGACGAGCUCGAAUCUGGUCUAGUUGAGAAGAGGACUGAACUCAUGGCCGAGUUGCGUAGUCUCGGAACAGGUAUCGAUCCUGUUCUGGAAGAGACGGUACCCAUGGGCGUUGCAUUUCACCAUGUCAGUUCACAUUAG